AUGCUGGGGGAGCUCCUCUCCAGGAUCCUGCUGCUGCUGUUCGGGUACGCCAUGCCGGCGUUCGAGUGCUUCAAGACGGUGGAGGCGCGCCCCAACGACGCCCACAUGCUCCGCUUCUGGUGCCAAUACUGGAUCAUAGUGGCAAUGGUGAUAGCCGUCGAGAGCUUCAUCUCAUGGAUGCCAAUGUAUGGAGAAAUCAAGCUUGCUUUCUUUGUUUACUUGUGGUACCCCAAGACAAAGGGAAGCGACAUUGUGUAUGACACCUUCCUCCGGCCUAUGGUGAUGCAGUACGAGCCAAACAUCGAGCAAAGGUUGCUGCAUCUGAGAGCUAGAUCCGGGCACCUGCUCUCGUUCUACAUGAAGAACUUCGCUGACAAAGGGACGACCUUCUUCAUGGAUGUUCUGCGAUAUGUCGUCUCUGACGAACCCCAAGCAUCAAUUUCAGAGAGGAACAAGAAGUCGUCCGGGAGUACAGGGUGGAGCCCCUUCGCCACCAAACGCCGGCCGCCGUCGCCUCCGCCACAGGAGUCCAUCUUCGGUGGUGGCCCCGUCGACCUCGACGCCGCAGCCGUGGCCCAAGUUAUACGGUCUUCGUUGGCCGGCGCCAAGCCGCCCCGGCGACAGUACAGUGGCAAGUAUUGA